AUGGGUGGCAAAGCGAAGCCGACGAAGCACACGGCCAAGGAGCUCGCUCAGAAGGAGAAAGACGCCACCUGCAAUCGCGGCGGGGGCGCUGCUGGUCUCAAGGAUCGACAGGGCGGGUCGGUGGGGCACUCGAAGUACAAGUGCAACAUCUGCAUGCAGUCCGCCCCAGACCCGAAGUCCAUGCAGAUGCACUUCGAGUCGAAACAUCCGAAGGAGGAGUUCGCGCUGGAGAAGUGCACAGACCUCCAUUCAGGAACCGGUGGCGCCACCACUCAGGGAGUUGCCGUGAGGAGCCGAGGGGUCAAAAGUGCGGGGAGGGAGCGGCAGCGGCCGUGGCCGGGCGCGCAGCGGCCAGCCGCAAAGAUGCCGCAAAUCGAAGGCCCCUUCUCAGAUUGUGAGGUCAUGUUGGCGUCGCCGACCACGAAGACGCCGCUCUCCCGCAUGGCACGGCUCUUCCGAAAGGGUACUUCAGCCGUGGUCCAAGACGAUGCCCACUACCAGCGCUGCGAGGACCUGCAGAAGGAGGAGAAGCACAUCCUCAGACGAUUCUGGAUCCUACUCUUCGUCACUGCAAUCCUCUCGAGCUCUUUGUCUUUCCUCAUCGACCGCUUCACCUACGGCACGGGGCUCCUGCGCUCCACGCUGACCCUCGGCGCGCCGCUCAAGGCCUUGGGCUUCAACGUGGGCAUGGCCUGCCUCGCGCGGCUCAUCGUCCGACCGACGGUGGAGGCCGAGGGAAGCGGCUUCCCGGAGAUGAAGGCCAUGCUCUUCGGGAAGGUCCUCUUCAACUUCCUCACCUUUCGCGUGCUGGUGUCGAAAGCCUUGGCUUUGUCCCUGGGAGUGGGCGCCGGCCUCCCGCUUGGCAAGGAAGGCCCCAACGUGCACAUGGCGGCCUGCAUCGCUCGGGUGAUCCACCCCUCCUUCUUCGAGAAGCGAGUGCAGAGCUCCCACGGGGCCCACGGGGCCGGAGGGAGCGGCGUGGGCUCGGCCGUGUCGAAGCUCCUCCUGGCCGCCUGCGCCGUGGGCGUGGGGGCCUCCUUCAGCGCCCCCAUCGGCGGCGUGAUCUUCUCCUUGGAGCUGAUGCUGCCACAGACCUACGAUGCCUUCGCCUACUGGGGCUGCUUUACGGCCGGCAUCGUCGGCGCCAUCACCUACGCCGUGGAGAGGACUUUGACAACCGGAAGCGCAAGCCUGCUGCCACUGAUAAGUUCCAAUGUGCUGCCCGGCGAGGGCUCCGACACGGACUUUCCGCUCCUGCGCCUGGCCGUGGACAUCCUCCUAGGCCUGCUCUGUGGCCUGGCUGGCGGCCUCUGGGUGCGCUCCCACUCCUAUGUCGCCGGCGUUUUGAAGCGCUGGCGACUGCGGGAAGGGGAGCCCUUGAAG